AUGGUGAGACAAAAAUUUGAAAAACAUUUGAGCAGGGGUCAGUACACAUCGAAGGUAAUCCUGAAGAUUAUGAACGCCAAGCAGCCGGUCUUCCUGAACCUGCAGAGGAAGAACGCUAAAUUUGAUGCCAUCGUCAAAGAAACGAGUAACGCCGUGGUUCUGUCUAACAUCCAAAAGGAGCAAAUCCAAAUAAAGAUAAGGAAACUGCAGAAGUUGUUGGACAAGCAGUUACUUGAAAAGUACAAAAUAAAAGGAGAGAUCGCGGAAAAAAUGAGAGAUGGAAUGAUGGAAGACACGGUGCUGGAGAAGAUGGUGAAGCAGUUGCAUCAUGUGCAAACAAGUACCAGGAUUUCCGAGCAGCAAAUCAUCUAUAAAGAGAGCCAAAUCGCUCACUUGUUCGCUCGUCUCGGACGUCAGCAAAUCGUGAACGACUCGCUGCAACGUCUGCUCUCGAAGCUUCAGCGACAGGUGGCCAACAAGAGCGAGAGUAUAGCUAGAGCUAAAUGUGAACUGGCAAGGCUGGAAUCGUCACUCCACAAUACUAACGCCCAGAUGGUGCAGUUGCAGAAGAAAUUGGAUCGUCUGCUUGAACAGUCUGGAGUGUGGCUGGCGGACCAGGCUAAUUUAAUCCGCAAACUGAAGGAUCGAGAUAAUGAAUGGAUUAAGAUUAAUGAGAUUAAGAAAGAGCUGAGAUUGAUGAAUAUCAAAAAGAUUAGAGUUCAAGGAGAGAUAAAGCGAGAGGGAGAAGAGAUAGCGGAAACGAUAAGGUGCAUGCGCGUGAUGGAUAGGGAUGUGACCAAGCUGAACUGCAUGAUAGCCAAUAAGAGGCUGACCUACUCUGAAUCGCACGACAGUCAGAAGUUUCUACUCAACUACUUUGAAGCUUCUAUCAAGGAGGAGAAGAGUCGCUACUUCGAUCUGCAGUUGAUGUUCAAUCGACUGCUGGAUGAGAAGCAGGCUAUGGUCGAGGAACUACUCGAGAUUGAGAAGCAGAUUUUGUUAUGGGAGCGCAAGGUUCAUGUUGCCCGGGAGAUGAAGGCCACCUUCGCUACCCUAACCUGGGUGGACGAGAUCAACACUAUGAAAAACGAGAUAUGGAAGAUGGAGCAGAGGAGGAGUGUGCUGAAAAGGGAGAUUGAGAAGAUGCACAGGUGUCUUGAGAAGUUGGCCGUCAGCAUUACAAUACAAACGUUGCAUAUGACAUGCUGGAAACUUGUUACAUUUGAACCCGGUCACUGCGGCAACAGAGGCAGGCACCUUAACCAUUACACCAUCGCACCUCACCUACCAGAUUUCUUUUAUUUCGUUAAGGAACAACUGAUACUCUUGAUAAAAUUAUAA